AUGGCCAAGUGGGAUCCCACCUACCCGCUCUCCAAGAAGCGGUCAACCCCGCCCCGCCGCAGCCUUGCACUGCGCCGCAAGCGCUCGUCCCACCGUGUCGUGUCGGGGCUCUCCUCUAGAGACUCCGGCGCGUCCGGGGCGGAUCUGGAGCUGGCGAUGCCCAAGCGGCGUCGCAGCAUCGGCGGGUCCACAGACUGGAGAGCCGGGCUGCUGCCGCCGACCACCACCACAACCUCCUCCUCCUCCGCGCAGAAGGGCAACGACGGCCACGCGCGUGUGAAGCGAGGCGUGCGGCUCGAAGAGGCCGACGUCGUGCACUUCCUCGCCACGCUGGAGCGGACGUGGAAGAAGAUGGUGGCGGGCGCGUCGAGGAUGUUCGUGGAGAGGCACCGGAGCAGCCACAUGCAGCUCAUCAGCAACAUGGUCUAG